AUGGUAAUAUAUGUGAGGAAACAGCAGAGACUCCGUGAUGGCUGUUGAGACCACAGGGGAGACUCAUAGCCUUACCAGGCACUUAAAUAUUCAUCGAAGAGUCACCCCAGUAGUGGUGAUCACAGACAUGAAAAGAUGUGAGACGCCGCAGAUCCUUCACCACCAAAUAAAAUGUUGAGAAGAUCUGAUAGUCCUGAAAACAAAUAUAGUGACAGCACAGGUCACAGUAAGGCCAAAAAUGUGCAUGCUCACAGAGCUAGAGAGAGGGAUGGUGGGACCAGUUAUUCUACACAAGAAAAUUCACACAACCAAAGUGCUCUUCAUAGUUCAAAUUCAAGCAAUAACCCAAGCAAAACUUCAGAUGCACCUUAUGAUUCUGCAGGUGACUGGUCUGAAUACCUUAGCUCUUCUGGGAAAAAAUACUACUACAAUUGUCAAACAGAAGUUUCACAGUGGGAAAAACCAAAAAAGUGGCUUGAAAGAGAACAGAGACAAAAAGAAGCAAACAAGAUGGCAGUCAAUAGCUUCCCAAAAGAUAGGGAUUACAGAAGAGAGGUGAGACAAGCAACAGUAACCAAUGGGUUUGCCAAUGGAAUGGAAGACAAGAAUUCCAGUGAUGCCAGUAGUUUGCUCCCACAGAAUAUUUUGUCUCAAACAAGCAGACACAAUGACAGAGACUACAGACUGCCAAGAGCAGAGACUCACAGUAGUUCUACACUAGUACAGCACCCCAUCAAACCAAUGGUUCAUCCAACUGCUACCCCAAGCACUGUCCCCUCUAGACCAUUUACACUACAGUCUGAUCACCAGCCAAAGAAAUCAUUUGAUGCUAAUGGAGCAUCUACUUUAUCAAAACUGCCUACAUCCACAUCUUCUGUCCCUGCACAGAAAACAAAAAGAAAAGAGUCUACGUCAGGAGACAAAUCUGUAUCCCAUUCAAGCACAACACCUUCUAUGUCUUCUGCCUCUGGACUGAAUGCCACAUCUGCACCUCCAACAAUUGCUUAGGCAGUCCCCAUCUCACCUGUUCCACAGUCAUCAAUACCUCCGUUACUGCAGGACCCAAAUCUUCUUAGACAGUUACUUCCUGCUUUGCAAGCUACACUGCAACUUAACAAUUCUAAUGUGGAUACAUCCAAAAUUAAUGAAGGUCUUACAACAGCUGUGACACAAGCCUCACUACAGUGUAUAAUUCAUAAGUUUCUUACUGCUGGACCAUCUGCUUUCAACAUCACUUCUCUGAUCUCUCAAGCUGCUCAACUCUCUACACAAGCCCAGCCAUCUAAUCAGUCUCUAAUGUCUUUAACAUCCAAUGCAUCAUCCCCAAGAUCUUACAUGUCUCCAAGAAUAAGAACACCUCAGACUAACACAGUUCCUGUCAAACCUUUGGUUAGUACUCCUCCUGUUUCAUCACAGCCAAAGGUUAGUACUACAGUAGUUAAACAAGGACCAGUUUCACAAUCAGCCACUCAGCAGCCUGUACCUAUUGAGAAACAGGAAGGUCAUGAGCCUGUUUCUCCUCGAAAUCUUCAGUGCUCAAGUAGCCAGAGAAGUCCGUCGCCUGGCCCAAAUCAUACAUCUAGUAGUAAUGCAUCAAACGCAACAGUUGUACCUUCGAAUUCAUGUGCCCGGCCGAUGUGUUCAUUAACACCCACGCUAGCAGCACACUUCAAUGAAAAUUGCAUAAAGCAUGUUCAAGGAUGGCCUGCAGAUCAUGCAGAGAAGCAGGCAUCAAGGUUGCGCUAAGAAGCCCAUAACAUGGGUAGUGUCCACAUGUCAGAAAUAUGUACUGAAUUUAAAAACAUAAGAUCUUUAGCUCGAGUAUGUGAAAUUCAAGCAACUUUGCGAGGGCAAAGGACACUAUUUUUGAAACAACAAAUUAAGGAACUCGAAAAGCUUCAUAGUGUGAAGAUGUGA